CGCCGCCGCCGCCGCCGCGGCGGUUGCUGCUCCUGCUACUGCAGGAGGCGGCGCUGGCUGGCGACUGCGCUCGCUCCAGUCGGCGAGCGGAGCAGCGAGCGAGCGUGUGUGUGUUUUUUAAAGAUGGCCGGAGCGGCGGCGGCGGUGGCCGCGGGAGCAGCAGCUGGAGCCGCCGCGGCAGCCGUGUCGGUGGCGGCCCCGGGCCGGGCCUCGGCACCCCCGCCACCCCCGCCGGUGUACUGUGUGUGCCGGCAGCCGUACGACGUGAACCGCUUCAUGAUUGAGUGCGAUAUCUGCAAGGACUGGUUCCACGGCAGCUGUGUUGGAGUAGAAGAACAUCAUGCUGUUGACAUUGACCUGUAUCAUUGUCCCAACUGUGCAGUUCUACGUGGUUCCUCCUUGAUGAAGAAGAGGAGGAACUGGCACAGGCACGACUACACGGAAAUAGAUGAUGGCUCCAAACCAGUGCAGGCUGGGACCAGAACUUUUGUUAAGGAAUUACGAGCUCGAGUCUUCCCAAGUGCCGAUGAAAUCAUUGUAAAGAUGCAUGGCAGCCAGCUGACACAAAGAUACCUGGAGAAACAUGGAUUUGAAGUCCCUAUUAUGGUCCCCAAACUAGACGAUCUAGGACUCAGGCUCCCACCACCUACUUUUUCUGUUAUGGAUGUGGAACGCUAUGUAGGUGGUGACAAAGUGAUAGAUGUCAUUGAUGUGGCAAGGCAGGCAGACAGCAAAAUGACACUUCACAAUUAUGUUAAAUACUUCAUGAAUCCUAACAGACCAAAAGUGUUAAAUGUGAUCAGCCUUGAAUUUUCAGAUACAAAGAUGUCUGAAUUGGUGGAGGUCCCUGAUAUAGCCAGAAAACUAUCCUGGGUGGAAAAUUAUUGGCCAGAUGAUUCAGUCUUUCCCAAGCCAUUUGUUCAGAAAUACUGCUUAAUGGGAGUUCAAGACAGCUACACAGAUUUCCACAUUGACUUUGGUGGAACUUCAGUUUGGUACCAUGUCCUCUGGGGUGAGAAGAUUUUUUAUUUGAUAAAGCCAACAGAUGAAAAUUUGGCACUCUAUGAAUCAUGGAGUUCAUCUGUGACCCAGAGUGAGGUGUUUUUUGGAGAUAAGGUGGAUAAAUGCUACAAAUGUGUGGUAAAGCAGGGACAUACCUUAUUUGUUCCUACAGGGUGGAUCCAUGCUGUACUCACUUCUCAGGACUGUAUGGCUUUUGGGGGAAACUUUCUGCACAACCUUAACAUUGGCAUGCAGCUCAGGUGUUACGAGAUGGAAAAAAGGCUAAAAACACCAGAUCUUUUCAAAUUCCCUUUCUUUGAAGCCAUAUGUUGGUUUGUAGCCAAAAACCUGCUGGAAACCCUGAAAGAAUUGAGAGAAGAUGGCUUCCAGCCUCAAACUUACCUAGUACAGGGAGUGAAAGCACUGCAUACUGCUUUAAAAUUAUGGAUGAAAAAAGAACUUGUAUCUGAACAUGCCUUUGAAAUUCCAGACAAUGUUAGACCUGGACAUCUUAUUAAAGAACUUUCUAAAGUAAUUCGAGCAAUAGAGGAGGAAAAUGGCAAACCAGUUAAAUCUCAGGGAAUCUCUACUGUGUGUCCAGUUUCACGAUCCUCAAAUGAAGUGACUUCCCUGUACCAUUCCCGACGAAAGAUGAGGAAACUUCGGGAUCAUAAUGUUCGAACUCCCUCUAACCUAGACAUCCUAGAGCUCCACACAAGGGAGGUCCUCAGAAGAUUAGAGAUGUGUCCACGGGAAGAGGACAUCUUGAGCUCUAAACUGAAUGGAAAAUUCAACAAACAUCUCCAGCCAUCGUCCACAGUUCCUGAAUGGAGAGCAAAAGAUAAUGAUCUACGAUUACUGCUGACAAAUGGAAGGAUAAUUAAAGAUGAGAGACAACCCUUCGCAGAUCAAAGUCUUUAUACAGUAGAUAGUGAAAAUGAAGAGGAUAAGAGAAGGACAAAAAAGGCAAAAAUGAAGAUAGACGAGAGAUCAGGAAUAGAGGGGGUGGAGAAUGAAGAAUCUCGAAAACCACUUAACAGGUUUUUUACAAGUGUGAAAUCAGAACUCAGGAAUCGAUCAUCAGAAUAUUCUGAUAUUUCUGAUUCAGAAGACUCUGGACCGGAUUGCACUGCACUGAAAAAUAAUUUUACCACUGAAGAGUCUGAAAGUUCAGGUGAUGAAAAGAAACAAGAAAUAACAUCAAACUUUAAGGAGGAAUCUACUGUGAUGAGAAACUUCCUUCAAAAGAGCCAGAAGCCGUCUAGAAGUGAAAUUCCAAUUAAAAGGGAAUGUCCUACCUCCACGAGCACAGAGGAAGAAGCUAUUCAGGGCAUGCUGUCUAUGGCAGGGCUACGUUAUUCCGCAUGUUUACAAAGGCAGAUGCAAAGCACAGACUGCAGUGCUGAAGGAAAUUCUCUCCAGGAUCCCAGCAGCUGCCACAGCAGUAACCAGGAAGUCAGGCAGUUGUAUCGCUGUGAUAAACCAGUGGAAUGUGGUAAGAAACGGUACCAUGUCAAGACUGAAGAUCAAGACUUGAGGAGUUCUUCCUGGAUUAAACAAUUUGAUACAACUUCCAGAUUUAAUCUUCAGGAUCUAAGUAGAGGCCAGAAAUGCAUCAAAAAGGAAGGUUCAUCAGAAAUCAGUCAGAAGGUACAAAGUAGGAAUUCUGUGGACAGCAGUGGCUCAAGCCCUCAGAGUGGGAAGUAUAUACAGAAUUCAAGCUUGGUUUCAGGGGCAUGCCAGAUAAGUAAUGGCAGUGUAAGCCCAGAAGGGUCAGUUGGUGAAACGCCCUUUUCAGUGCCCCUUCACCCCACCAAGAGACCUGCAUCAAAUCCACCGCCUAUCAGCAACCAGGCAACAAAAGGUAAACGUCCAAAAAAAGGAAUGGCAACAGCGAAACAACGUCUUGGAAAGAUCCUUAAGUUGAACAGAAAUGGCCACGCACGUUUCUUUGUGUGACAGAGCUGCUGCCAUGGCCACUCUUCCCUUUGGAGACCCAUCUCGGGGGUGCGGCAGCCUGGUGCUUCGGCCGUGCCCCCAGCGCAAGCAGUUUGCAUGUACAGUAGAGAACACUGCCUGGAGAACAAAAGGAACCUGAUGCUGCAUUUUCACUGUGCCACACCCACUCAGCAAUAACCAUUGGGACCUGGUGGGGGAGAGGAAGGAGGAGGGUAGAACCUUAAAAAGAGACCUUGAACUGGAAAGGGUCUCUUGUCAGGGCUUGAAUUUCAUUUAGUUGUUGGUAGUGUCUUGAUUUAUUUUCCGUAGUAGGGUAAAGAAUUAUCAAUAAUUUAUUUAACAGAUUUUUUUUUAAAGUUAACAGCUUUUAAAUUCUUUCUUUUUUAAAGCUAUUUAUUUGGAAGAUUUCUGGAGAAAUAUCUCACUAAUUUAGAUUUAAGAAUGUGAAAGUUUUUAAAUUAUUUUUGAUAGUGUGUGUGUUACAUGUGGGGAAGAGCCACGGUAACAGUAACUAGUCUGGACUCUUAAAUUUGAUAUUCAGGUUAAAGUCUUAAACAGGGAUUUGAUGCAUUAAUUAUUUUAAAUUAAGAUGUAUAUGAAAAUCAUUUUAUUUUAUAUAUUUCAUGUGUUUUUUAUAAGCUAUUAGCUUCGCUUUUGCUAACAUCCAAGGUGCAUACUGUUAUCCAGGUUGUUGACCUUAUAUCCCACAUCCCUCUGCAUCCCCAUCAUUUUGUGAUGACACAAGACUCCUCUUUGCAGGGAAACACUUUCAUAGCCAGUACGUAAGAAAUACAUAGAAUAUCUCACAUUUCUCAUUUCGUUUGGCAUCGCAGUUUUCUUCUAAUUAUAUGAAAAUAGGCUUCUUGCAUUUUCAUUUUUGCUGAUGAUAUCUGGGUUCCAAAGAAAACAGCUUUAAUAUCUCUUUCCUACUUGUGGGAAAAGUAUUGUAAGUUUGGUUAAAUUGUCAAGUUUGUAGAUUUUCAAAUACAUUUGUAACUACAGAGGGCCUUCUUCAUACUGCUGGUAUUGGAGGGCAGGACCAACACCUGCCACAGAGGUUAUAUUUUAUGACACUUUUAUUCUGUGUAUCUAAUUUGUUGGAAAAUACAAAACCUGAUUUGACUUAGUAUAUUCAAAUCUGCAUAAUAAGCCGUAAUGUAAUGUAAGAGGACUAUACUAUAUUAAGUUGUAUAGAAGCAAGCAUGUUGGAGUAGAUCUUUUGGAUGUGUGUGUGUGUUUAGUUUUUUCUUAACCUUCUAAAUAAUUAUUUAAGUAUGGAUUUGGAGUAUAAAUGGGUGCUUCUUGCAGUUUCUUCCAUGUAUCCUAACUUAACCAGUGCAUAUUGAGGUUAAGUAUAUGGUUGAGCUUUAAGGAAUCAUUUAUCUCCUUUAUGCACAAUUUUUACUAAAUGCCAGUUUUCAGUUCCUCCGAAAAGCUUAUAUUUUCCCCCUUUUUUCCCCCCACUGUAUAAAAAUAAUUGAUUUCUGGAGUGGGGUGGAGAUAUGCCCAAUUCUGACAAUAGAGCAUUUUAGAAGUCCCUACAAAGAAAAUAAAAGCAAAUAGGAUAAAAUUUAUUUUUAUGGAGAAGAAAUAUGGCCGUAUUAUAGAUUCAUCUUUUCUUUAUUGAGCAGCGUACUUCUGUAUUAAGUAUCACUUGAAGAGUUAAGAAAAAAGUCUAUACCAUCAUCUUUCAUGGUUGCAUUCAAAUGUGUAUUUUCAAAGAGAAAUAUUUCUUACUCUGUCUCAAUUCCACUAUUUCAUGGGUUGAACAUGAAGUAGCUUAUGAAUAGCCUUUUUGGUCCAAAUGACCAGAUCAAACUCUGGGUCUUAUCUGGGUGUCAGGAAGAAUUUUUUGGAAAUACUGAAUGUCUAUAAAUGGCCUGCUUACACUCUAUCUGCACUAUGCCAAAGCUGGGAAGUGGCUACACUCAGUCAUUUGGUUUUCAGCAGAUCCCAGGAUGUCAAAAACUGGGAUUCCACAGGUUCUCCCACCUUCCACAGAAGAUGUUACUGUGAUGUUUUGGUUUUCUAAAGACAUCAUUUUAGUGUUACAGUUAACAUGUUUUUGUAUUUGGUUUAAGAAAUAAGAAUUACACUUUCUUUUUCCAGCUACAUCAUGAACCGCGGUCUUUUGUUUUCUUUACAUUUUUCACAGCUCUACAUAUUUUUAUUUACCAUAUUUUUCUUUUCCUAAACAUUAAAAUGAAGCAACUUGUUUUUAUGAAUUAAAAUUGUGACCACCAUCCACCCUGUGUACUUAAGCUGAUAGAUACUAAGUUUAAGUAGCAGUAUAUGGGAUUUUUAAGCGAAGGUACUGUGGAUUCAUUUUUGGCAGUUUUAGCCCAUUCAUUAACUGGCUAAGCUUUUUAAAAUGUUCCUUAAGUAAUAUAACCACUAAAGCAGAAUUCAUGUAUCUCUUUCUGAAUUGGUGAAAAUCCAGCCACGGAUCCAGUGACUUUCUUAGUCAAACCCCUUGUAAAGUUCCUGACUGUGAUGUGGCCCUUCAUCUCAUGGUAAUCACUGCAGCCAGUAUCCAGAAUGAGCUGUAAUAGACAACCUUUCAUCUUCCUUCAGUCUCAUUUAUAAACAAUACUACCAUACACACACUGCAGCUUAGACAGGAAGGUGGCAUUUAGCUAGUUAUAAGCAAACACAGAUAUAUAAAACAAUUAUGAUUAAGUGUAUGCAGUUUUAAUUGUAGUAGUAGACAAUAAUUGUCCUAUAUUAAUUCAAAUAAGUGACUCUGUCAACCUGGGAUCCACCGUACUGUAAUUCAUGUUAUAUAAUGUGCUGUCCAGUAUUGAUAAAACCUGGCAGUUUAUAAUAGUGCAGUAUUCUAGAAAUACCUUGAACUUCAUAAGCAUAAGUUAAUUUUUAAAGCAUACAAAAUUGAAAACCCUGACUGAAAUCACCUUAUAUACUUAGAAAACAAGCCCAUCUCUACUUAAAUACUUAGCUUGAAUACUCUUCUAUUGUUUAAUAACCUGAAUUAUUGCCUUUUUAAUGAACUCUACUGUAUUUAUUAUGAGAUCAGCAGGUAUUUGUCAAACAUCUAUGUGCCCAGCACUACUUAGUACUGGAGGGGAAUAUGGAGUUGAAGGUGUGGUCUCUGCCACUGAAGGUGUCUUCUCCAGGAAAUAAACAGUGUUAUUUUCACUUCUAAGCAAACUGAAGCAAAAGAGGGCCCAUUUGUUAAAAAAGGAAAAGCAUAAUUUUUCUAGUUUCAACUGAUACAAGUAAAAGUAAGAAACUUUCUUUAAUUAAAAAAAUUUUUUAAACAUUUCAAAAGUUAAUAAUUUAAUGUUGGGUGAUAGAGGGGCAUGGUGUAGCAUGGAAGGGAACAGAAGACCUGGGCUUUUGUCCAAAUCCAUUUAUAUAUCAGCUGUGUAAUCUUAAAUAGGUCACUUAUUCUUUCUGAGGAUUAGUUUUCUUAUUUGUAAGUUUGGAUAAAAUUGCAGUUAAGAAAACCAUAGAAAAGCAUUCUUUAAUCUAUGAACACUUCAUACUUGAAGAGAAGUUAUAAUAUUUAAGUUACAACUGAUAAUCAAUGCACAUUUUUAUGCAUUUUAAAUGAAAACUGCUAUUACUCAUAAAAUUUGUUUCAUAUCAAAUAAAAGCCCAGAGCAUGCCACCUAAAAAAUCUGAAGAGUCUCUAACAAGGUGCUGAAAUAAAAUGAGUUCUUAAGUGAAAGUAAAAGAAGGGAGAUCAUUUAUGGAUUAGAGUGAGAAUGUUUAUCCUCAAGUAAUCAUUAAGAUGAUUUAAGGUAAUUGGAAGAUCGUUUCAGUUUUUCUAAAAGAGGAAUUAGGAUAGUACUGCUCCACAGAUUCUGCAUACUGUUCAGGUACUAGAGAAAGGUAAAAUAAGUCAUAGAAUUAGAAUGAUUUAGCAAUCACCCAAGGAACUUGGGGUUAAAAAUAAGGUGGCUAGGAAGAUGGGAAUCAAUAAAGACAGCUAUGGGUUGGCUAACAUAGUUUGUUGGGUACAGAAACCACUGUAGGAGUCUAGGACAGGAGACUGGACAUCUUCAAAAGAAAGAUAAUGCUUUUUUUAAGAGGUGCUCUCUAAAGUGGUAAAACCACUCCCCAAAGAGUUGAUGAAUAAUUAUAUGGCCCAGUUUACUACCACCAAAAGUAAUCAUUGGAGUGUAUAAGCAUUUUGCAAUCUCAUAUUUAAAAGAUGAAGGCCUAAUCUGAAAUUUUUUUCUCAUUAAAUAUUAAGCUAAUUACUCCCUCCAGAAAGAGAAGCUAAAGAUCACCUAUCAGUUUUAGAUGCCGUAGACCUUCAUCUAAAGCAGCCUUUACAAAUAAGGAGACAAAUGAAACCUAGAUAGGGCAGGGAUUUGCCUGGGGUCACAGUGGGUCCCAGACCUCUGGCACCUUGCUUCCUCAGACAGCCCUGUUCUGUGGCACUGUGCAGCCUCUACUCAUCCUGUGGUGGACGGUGUUGACAAGCUUACUAGAAACCAGGUGGAAAGAAAGGGGAAGACCUAAUACACUCACUACAUUGCUGUUGAACGUUAUGUACUUUUAAUACUAAAGCCUUACUAAAAACCCUUCCCUUAUUUUGUUUUUCAGUGAACAUCAUGCCGUAAGUCAAAUAUUUGAUAUCCUGACAUAAACACAUUUUUCAAUGUAAGGUCAUUAAGCAUAUGCCUAUUAGCCUAUCAGGGUUGACUGUGGUUUUAUUCUUUUAUAAUAUUUUUUUCCCCUUUUUAUGGGGUGGGGUGGUGGUGGAAAUAUACUCAUUUACCUGCAUUCUACCUGCUAGAGUCUGCCUCUCACCCUUGGUGCCCUUUCUAGGGUCCUAAAGCUUUUUCUUAACAAGUGCAACAUUAAUUUUUUUGUUUAAAACCUUUAAAAAUUAUUUGGUGAUUGACCCAACAAGUUUAUUUGCUCUGCACUAUUUCCAUAAUAAACCCUGGCUACCACGUAGCCCUUGAACUCCAAGUAGUUUACCUAUGCAAGCUCCGUAACAUUCACUUUCCUUUAUUUCAGAAAGCAGACCUAAAUGGAACUGAAUCAUAAAGAUAAAACUUGCCUCCACCCACUUUUACUUUGGACAUUUCCUUUUCAAAAUGUUAUUUUCCCCCAAGAUUUUUCACCAAAACAAUGAUCAUAAGUGCUGGAAUAUUUAAUAUUUUGCAGGAAUAAAGUAACCCAAACAUACUCAUAUUUCUUCAGUGGAUUUUGGUUGGUAACACUUACUAGCAUUGAGUGUGACAUACAAUGAGGAGUUGAUUCCUUUGCUAGAAUCAUUUCUUCCCUCUAAGAUUCAUAAGUAACCUUUUAUUUUACAAAGUAGACAUACAGCUUCCACAUAAUAGUCAGGGACCUGAGGUGUAACUUGCUAAGUGAACCCUAAGGUUAUUUUAUCUUGCAAAAGAAACCUAAACCAAACUAAGGGCCUUACAUUUAUGGUUAGACUGAAUCAAAAGCUAUAACCUCAAUUUUUCCAAAAACAGCUUCUGACUGCAAAAGCAAGUCAUGCUGUUAGGUUUGAAAUAGCACUGAUCAGGAAACACAUAUGCGUCUUUGCAGACUGUAUUUCCUUCCGAAAAGACUUUUCUACUUUUAAUAUAAAUUAAGCCAUAACAGUUUCAUGCUGUGGAAAGAGGGUGAAAAGGUUCAUUUUAAGAGAUUAUAUAAUAUGAAUUUUCACAUUUACUGUGAGAUGUCUAACUUUGCCAGUGCUUCAGCAGGUUUUUUGGGGGGAGUGGGAGGGUAGAGGGAGGUGUGGGGGAGGGGUAGUAUUGGUUUUAGGGGUUAUAAGUCUGUGAAAUUUGAAAAGGGGACAGUUGUUGGCUAUGGUAUUUACUAGUUUUGUAGUAAUGUUUUGCUAGCCUGACUGACUUUCCUUAACUGAUUUUUAUGCCCAUGGUCCAAGGUGACUGUUCCCCUUCUUGUUUGGGAUGUCUGCAGAGUAGUAUUUUGUCUGUUUGUAUAGGCAGUCAGUGUGUGUGCACAUGUGUGUCCUUGAAUAUGGAAGCACACUGUGUGACAUCAGAGUGGGGUGUGGCUGGGAAGUGGGAUGCUGAAGCUUUAAGAGCAUUUUUGGGGGAUUCAUAACAGUAUUUCCCAUCUUUUGCCUGCAGGCAGGGAAAGUGUACAGUAUUUAUUUUGUUUCUGUUUUAAAUUUGUAAGUCUUUAAGUAGCUUACAUUGGUUAUUAUAGGGGAGGACAAGUGACUUGUUUAAAGUUGUAUUUGGUAUUCUUACUUUCCAAUUUCUGUAUUUUAAAAUAUUGAAAUUAAAAUUGUAUUACUUCUGUUUUGA